ACGGUCCAGUCGGCGAAGGGUCGUACGCUGAAGGUACGGUUGAAGGUACGACGUGCCCAGGAUAUGAGUUCCCGUGCGGCCGGCACGUUCAGCUUGCCGGCGCUUCGCGGAGCAGAUGGCUCGAAACGCUCAGACACGCAUCACAUAUCCGUUCGCGUCGAACUCCGCCGGGCGACUGCGGGCGACUGAUCACAGACAAAGCUUCAUUAAUCGACUACAAUGGCAACGGGUAAAAGUAAGAAAAAGGCUGGAACGAAGACAAACGGAAAAAAUAAUGGAAAAGGUACUAAAGGUGGCAAUGGCGGUAAAAAUAAAGGAUCAAAGAAAUCGAGAAGAAGCGGCGGAAAAGCACGAUUUGCCAUGGAUAUCUUUAACGAGGAAGUGAUGGAAAACGCUUAUUACACAUGUCACAACAUCAUGGAUGUGCUAAAAUGUCGAGGUUUCCCGUGGCCAGAGGCUCAGAAGAAAAAAGGAAAGAGGAAGAAAUAAAUAGU